AUGGUCGUUUGGUCUUUGAGCGACAAAUUCGCGGUGCUGCUGAUGCUGCUAUUUUAUCUGGUAGUGCAAGUGGUGGAUGAGAGUGAUGAAGGUGGUACAGAUGUUCCGGGUGGUAAUGGUGGUGAGGGAGGCGGUGCGACGACUUCAAGCCGGGCACCCAGCCAGAGGGCCACGGGAAGCGGGGCGAGCCUCGGGGCAAGAGUGGCGGCGGUAACCACCGGCACGGACCCGGAGAACCAGUGGCAGUGGUUCCGCUCGGUGCUCGACAAGGCCCGCAAAAAGGGAAAAACCGUGUAUAUCGUGGGCCACACACCACCGGGAAUCGAUGAUCGUGAAGCUGGUACUGGCGUCCUCACCGAGGAGCACAAUAGACGCUACCUACAGAUUGUCCGUCAGUACGCGGACAUGAUACGUGGCCAAUUUUUCGGUCACUGGCACUCGGACACCUUUCGCAUCGUCUACAGCGAUGAUGGAGAGCCAGUGUCCUGGAUCAUGGUGUCGCCAAGUAUAACACCGUACAGGCAAGGUGGACCUAAUAACCCCGGCCUUAGACUUUACAAAUUCGAUAACAACACUGGACAGAUUUUGGAUUACGCCCAGUAUUACUUGAAUUUAGCGGAGGCGAACUCGAACAAACAGGCCAACUGGCGACUGGAGUACAACUUGCGGGAGUACUACAACCUCGGCGAGAUAACGGCGCUGAGCUUGCACGACCUCGCCGAUCGAUUCACGCAGCCGAGGGAAAACGCUUUCGUCAGGUACUACGGGGCGAAUCGGGUGUCGUUGGCGCGGGAAGUCGAGGAGAUCUGGGGCUGCGGAGGGGCGCUGAACGGCCUGUGCGCCCUACGCCACUACUGCGCUGUCACGCGGCUCGAGGCGCGCUCCUACGCCACCUGCGUUGCUUCUUACGCGGAGGCUCUUGCGUCCUCGAAAGCUUCGGCGACCCUUGGCUCUCGUCCGGUGCUGCUGGCUGUUUUUCUUCUGUCGCUGGUGGCGAUGAUGCCACGGUAGGAUACGUCACCCGGACUCGAGGAGGACGAUGGUAUGUUUUUCCCGUUUGGAGCCUCGGCUUUGAUGUAUACACAUCCCAUAAUAUAUCACCGAGCUUGAGAGAAAUGGUUUAAUUUUAUUUUUUUUUCCUUUUUUUUCCUUUUUUUUUGGGGUA